AUGGAACAAGUGAUUGCAAGGGCACGUGCCCUUCUCCAGAGCUCUCAGGAGAACAAGGCCAUGGAGCUUUUGGCGCCUGAAGUUGCUAAAAACCAGGACGACCCAAAGCUCUUGGAGGUGUUUGGUGAGUGUCUACUAGAGGUGAACGACGUGGAGUCUGCCUAUAAUGUUUUGGAGAAAGCUGUGUCUUUGGACACUGAAGGUGCUUUGGGUGUGGACAAGUUCUUGUACUUGGGCCAGAUCAUUGGUGGUAAUGACGGAAUUAACCAUAUCAAUGUUGCAUUGGCUAAGCUUCAAGAACAGCUCCAGAAGGUUGUGGACAACCUGGGCACUGACGACUCGGUGCUUGUGGAUUUGGCCCAGUUGUACCCAUCCACAGAGGACUUGGCUGGCCAUUUGAUCAAGAAGUUGAACCAGGGUAUUUUUGCCGAAAUCGAGAUCUGGAUGACUGACUUGUGUAUGGAGCCAGAGGCUGAAGAACAGUGUGACAAGUUGAUCUCGCAUUCUUUGACUCUUGACGAGACUAAUCCAGAGGCAUUGUCGCUUUUGGCGUCGAUUAGAAUCUCCCAGCAAAAGAACGAAGAAGCCCAAGAGGCUUUGCUUAAAUCGUGGCUGUUGUUCCAAGAGAAGAAGGUUGCAUUGGAGGAGAACCAAAAGAAGGACGAUGGCGAAGAUGCUUCUUUGGAAUACGUUGAAUUGGUCCAGCCAUUGUUGGGUCUUGCUAGGUUUGCAAUUGAAUUGGGCAUGUACGAAGUUGCACCAUCCAUUGCCGCCAGUGUUGCUGAAAUCAACGAUAAUGCGCUUGACGCUUUCUACUACGAAGCCUUGGCCCAUCUUCUUCGUGCCAAGCAGGUCUACGGCGAGCUCAACCCUUCUUCUGUUCCCGAAGAAAGCGACUAUAGAGAAAUCGACUUGGACCAGGUCAAGAAGUCCGACGACGAAAACGUCCAGUCUGGUCUUCACGACGCUCGUUCUGCUCUUACUCAGGGCUACCGUGUGUUGAACAGUGCCUCUGCUGAGGCUAUGGACCCUGACGUGGCUGGCCAGGUUUCUGAGCUUUUGACAGAGUUGGGCGGGCCCAUCAUGGCCGACUUGUUGCCUGAGCGUAAGAACGACGAUGACGAAGAAGGCUGGGAGGAUGAAAUUCAAAGCGAUGGCGAGUAA